CACUCAAUCAUCCCUUUUAAGAGUUGAAUGGCACGUCAAUCAAGACUCGCUUCUUACUACAUAUUUUCGAACGCCGCAAGUGUUGGUCGGCCUAUCAUUGAAUCGUGAAACGUGACUUAGCUAAACGGAGAAAAGGCGUUCUCUGCGUGGACAGAGUUUUCAGAUAUGAGAUAUAACUUACCUCAUGGAGGGCUUAUACAGUACAUUGAGCCUAUGUCAAAGGUCGACACUGAUCCUGCAGUUCAAGGCGUACAGCCCCAUUCGGUGUCCAAAAUUGGCUUCAUUUAGUGCAGACCAAGUACUGUUAUACAUCGAUUCAAAUAGCUCAAAGGAAUAAAUGCUCAUGCCCGCCCUGUGAAGCUACAAUUAUCGCAGGUACACGAUCAACGCUGAGAGAUCUCUAAAUUUGAAGGCGCCUGUCUAUUGAACUUGCAUAUUGACGACGAUGACCUCAGAAGCUGCCCAAAUUUCAAAGGACAAGGGGAACACCGCUUUCAAAGCAGGCGAUUAUCCUACUGCUAUUGGUCAUUAUUCCGCCGCAAUCGUUGCGGACGCACAGAACCCUACGUUACCAUUGAAUCGAGCUGCUGCGUAUUUGAAACUAGGCAAAAACGAAGAUGCCGAACGAGACUGCUCACGAGUUAUCGGGUUAAACCAGAACAAUGUGAAGGCUUGGUUCAGGAGGGCACAGGCGAGAGCAGCAUUGGAGAAGUAUGGCGAAGCUCUGACUGACCUAAAGCAAGCGAGUAAGCUCGACCCGAUAAAUCAAGAUGUCAACAGGAAGAUCGUGAAGACCGAAGAGCUUUUGAAGAAAAAGGACGCGCAACUGCGAGAAAAAUCGGCUCGACGGACAGCAUUGUCACAAGCUGCGGUUCCUAAUCCACCUCCUCACCCAGCGCGAAGAAGAGUGCCCAUUACGAUUGUUGAACCAGAAUCCUCUUCAUCGAAGACACCAGUCGCUGCUCCUGCCUCUGCAGUAUCUACUGCUGACGAUUUCUUGAAGCCAGUUUCUUCACGUCCGCUCACAUCACAGCCAUCAAGUUCUGUCGAGACUACACCGAAAAUGCUUGCUCCAAAACCUGCCAUACCAGCAGCUGCCUCUCCACCAUUAGCCGCAAGAGAACCCAAGGCCCAGCCCACCUCUCAUUCUCCGCCUCCUAUAGCGCCGCUGCCGAAGGUUGGUGGUGGGAUCUUCAGACCAAGCGGUAAACACACUAUUUUUGGGAAGAAUAGAGAUGAUAAAGCCUCCACGCCGACAACUCUGGUCACUUUUAUGAAGAUUUGGGAUGCCUUCCAGUUGCCAGAGCAACGGUGGGCUUUUAUUCAGCAAAUUGCACCAGCCUCACUUCCAGCAAUCUUCAAAUCCUCGCUCGAACCUUCCACUCUCGUAUCCAUACUCCAAACCUUCAACGCUGUCAUUAAACAUUCGAGUACGCCAGAAGAUGCGACUCUUAUCAAAGAAUAUAUGACUAACCUUGCGCGGGUUCCUCGUUGGAGUACUAUUGUUCUGUUCUUGGGUGCUGAUGAGAAGAAGUUGAUUGCGGGUAUCUGGAAUCACUUGUCUCCGAUCUCUGGAGAUGAGGAUGCCAACGCACGGAAGGCUUGGGGUUUAACGUAAAUGUCAUUACAUGUAUAUGUCAUAUACUCGAUCGUAAUUACAUCGUGUUAGGAUUUG